AUGGAUAAGAUCUUUAAAACAUUCGUCUUGUUGUGCAUCAGCACUGUAAGGAGUACUCCGGUUUAUUAUAAUAACAAUACAAGAGAUUUUCAAGUAGAUUCGGCGGACGCACACCUAACAGUUCCUCAGUUAAUUAAAAAAUAUGGUUAUUCAGUAGAGCAACAUCACGUAGUCACAGAAGAUGGCUACAUUUUGGAAUUACAUCGUAUUCCUGGCAAAAACGGCAGCUUACCUGUAUUCCUCAUGCAUGGAUUGCUUUGCAGCUCUGCCGAUUGGGUUCUAGCCGGGCCAAAAGAUGCUUUGGCUUACCUUUUGGCGGACAAAGGAUACGACGUUUGGCUCGGUAACGCACGAGGAAAUACUUACUCACGAGCGCAUCUCACAUUGACACCAAACAUGUUCGCAUUCUGGCAGUUCUCUUGGCACGAGAUUGGUUUCUACGAUUUACCAGCUAUGAUCGAUUACGUCCUGAAUCACACCAAGCACCGAAAACUACACUACAUCGGUCAUUCUCAGGGAACCACAACUUUCUACGUGAUGGCAUCCACACGUCCAGAUUAUAACGACAAAAUUCAUCUGAUGCAGGCUCUCGCUCCAGUAGCAUAUACGGAGCACAUUCGAAGUCCUCUACUGCGGGUCAUGUCCCGGUUUCAGGAUACAUUAACUGUCCUUUUUGAGAUCUUCGGAAUUGCUGAAUUCCACCCGAACAAUGCAAUCCUGCAUGAAAUUGCCAACCUUCUAUGCACGUCUAGUGCAGUCAAUAAUCUGUGUUUAAAUGUUCUAUUUCAGUUGGCUGGAGCCGAUCCGGAGCAAAUUGAUUUGAAACUGAUCCCAAUUUUAGUCGGCCACACCCCUGCUGGGGCAGCCACCAAACAGAUCGCUCACUUCGCACAGGGAAUUCGAUCUCGUCUGUUCCGUCGCUACGAUCAUGGCAAGAUCAAGAACCUUUUCGUGUACGGCACACCGACUCCUCCAGUGUACAAUUUAACGCAGAUCACGGCACCGGUACUGGUGUACUACGCUCUGAAUGACUUCCUGGCCAGUCCGGCCGACGUUGAUCGUUUGUCAGCGGAGAUUCCAAAUCUCGUUGAACGCCUCCAGGUGGCUCACGGAAAGUUCAAUCAUUUGGACUUUUUGUUUGCGAAAAACGUAAAAGAAUUGCUCUACGAUGAGGUUAUAAGGAGGAUUAGCUUGUAG